UGUUACCUUUACGAUUUUAAUAAUUACUUUUUAAUAAAGUGUCUUUCGUUAUUAAGUAAAAAGUUAUAUUUUUAAUGUAGGUGUUGGAGGAGAGUAAUCAGUAUGCGGGGAACAAAUUUGAUGAUGAUGUGUUUGAUGUAAACGAUUAUAGUGAAGUUAAAGAGGUUAUUAUAUAGUUACAUUAAUAUUAAUAUUUUGUUUAUUUAGAUAUUAUUGGUUAUUAAAUUAUGUGUAUUUCGUUAUUAAGUAUAAAGUAUUAUCUUUAAUGUAGGAGUGGGAGGAGAGGAAUGACAAUGCAGGGAACAAAUUUGAUGAUGAUGUGCCGGAUGAAGACGAACUUAUAAUAAUGGGAAAUGUAGAUUAUUUUCAUGAUGAUGAUGAUGACAAAGAAGUUACACCCGAUAAACCUAGGAGUCGAAAACCAUCACAAUUUUUAUGCACUCCUUACACCGAGUUGCACACGACACCGAAACAAAAAAGAAGAACAAAAAAGAAGGUUGGUAUGAAAUCAACAAGCCCCGUUCCUCCUCCAGUUUUUGGUGUUGCUCAUGACUUCUCCAUGUUGCGCCUGCAACCUUACGUAGCAGGCGGUGAGGAUGUCAUCCAAAAUUAUGUAUUGCAUUCAUACGAUGUGCAGCAUCGUUUGUUUAAUUUCGUGUUAGAUAGAGAUUUUUGGAGCUCAUUGUUUGGGCAUACACACGACGGAUGGUUGGAGUCAGCGGUAAAUAAAUUGUUAAUUAAUUCUUUUAAAAGUUAAUUGUUUUUUAGUCAAUAACAAAAGUAUCAUGUGUGCAGCAUAUAACCAUUUGGUACCGAGUUUUGAUGGAGAGACGGUUUGAGAGCGACCGACAUACAAUAAUGCCUCCAAAUUUUUUUGUUUCUCAUGCUUUGGAAGAAGGACAGGACUGGAGGGCGUUUAUGGCUGGUAUUGCUACAUACCCCAACUUCAUGGUUGCUUGGUGGGAUGUUGAUACGGUCUUAUUGCCGAUUCAUUCAUCCCCUAAUCAUUGGCUAUUUGGGGAACUACGAUUAGCGUCAAUGGAAGUGCAUAUUUAUGACAGUCUUGGUAGAGGUGCUUAUGAAAAAUUCCAAUCCGAAGGAAUCUUUUCCAAAUUUGAACGUCGGGUGGCAAAUUAUUUGGACAAGAUUAAGUAUUGGGCGCGGAGGAACAUCCCAAGGAUUCCAUUGAAUAUGCAAUUCAUUUAUGAAGAAAACGUUCCCCAACAAAGUAGUCAUUUGGGAGAUUGCGGUGUUUUUCUUUGUAUGUUUAUGGAGCAAUUGGUUUCAGGUCAACCAAUACGUGUUCUUAUUGACCCAAAGAACGCAGCUUUAGAGUUCCGUCUCCGGAUGGCAAAAAUUAUUUGGGGGUCUAGUCUUGCUCCUUUGUAGUUGGAUUAUAUAAAUGUAUAUACAAAUUAAUGUUGGAUUUCAUUAUUAGUUUAUCUUUAGAGUUUACUCAACGGAUGACAAAAAAUAUAACGUUACGACAAUUACAACAAUUUAAUGACCUACUAAUUACUUAUCAAUAAAUUCAACAUAAGAACGACCACAACAUUU